UUUUUUAUUUUCCCUCACCCUUCCCUCUUCUUCCCUCUUCCCCUCUUUCUUCUCUCCUCCGAAUCCUCAACAAAAACCCUAAAAAUGCGAUCUUUAGCUCCCAGAUAAAGGAGCAAUGAAGGAAGAAUCAAAUCGAAGUACAUUUUGGAUGGCAUGUUUCUACUUGAGAUAUUGGAGCAGUUUAUAUAUCUCUUUCCCCUAAUAAGUUACAGAGAUCACUGUUCAGAUCGAUGGCGUCAAAUACCAGCCAAAUAGAAGAGCCAUCUUCUCAAAGUCCUUCUCCUAUUCAAAUCCCUAAGCCACUCCAAUCAGUACCCAGUAUCGCUAAAGGAUCGCCAAAAUCCGAAGUAAUAAAAGGCGCAGAACCAAUUAAUGUUGCUUUGCUGAACAAAGUUCCUACAAAAACCAAUUCUUUGGAUGAAAAGUUAAUUCAGGAAACCUCCCGGGUAGAAUCGCUUCAAUUGACUGAGAGCAUGAGUCCGGAAAAAGUCAUUGAAGACCAAGAAAAGAAAAAAUCAGACCAAGGCAGUGGAAAGAAUAGCUCUGCUUCAGGUAAAGUUAGUGCUAAGAUCAGUGAUAGGGCUGAAUUUUUGGAGAGUGGCAAGAGUAGUAUGUGUCGAGCUAGCACAUGCAGUGAUGUCAGUGACGAGAGCACUUCCAGCACCAUUAGCAGUAGUGUCAGCAAACCUCACAAAGCAAAUGAUUCCAGAUAUGAAGCAAUCCAGUCAAUCAGAGCUAAAUAUGGUGUUCUGGGUCUGAGCCAUUUUAGGCUUCUCAAGAGAUUAGGUUGUGGAGAUAUUGGAAGUGUUUAUUUGUCAGAGUUGAAUGGGACUAGAAGUUAUUUUGCUAUGAAGGUGAUGGACAAGGUAGCAUUGGCAAGUCGCAAGAAGCUGCUUAGAGCUCAGACGGAAAAGGAGAUAUUGCAAAGUUUAGACCAUCCAUUUCUUCCAACAUUAUAUACCCACUUUGAGACAGAGAAGUUCUCAUGUUUGGUAAUGGAGUUUUGCCCAGGGGGAGAUCUACACACCCUUCGUCAGAGGCAACCCGGGAAAUAUUUUUCAGAACAUGCUGUCAAGUUCUAUGUCGCAGAGGUCCUAUUGGCCUUGGAAUACCUCCAUAUGCUUGGCAUCAUCUACCGAGAUCUCAAACCUGAGAACAUCCUCGUACGUGAAGAUGGCCACAUAAUGCUUUCAGACUUUGAUCUCUCCCUCCGCUGCUCUUUCAGCCCAACCCUAAUCAACUCCAACUCUUCCGGCUUACCUCAACAAGCAGCCACCUUCUGCAUUGAGCCCCCAUCCUGCAUCCAACCUUCAUGUGCAGUCCCCACGUCCUGCUUCUCUCCAAGACUCUUUUCCUAUAAAUCCAAGAAAACCCGUAACAAAACCAAGCCGCAAGUAGCAGAGUCCAGCGCUAACCAAGUAAUCCCGUUACCUGAGCUCGUUGCCGAGCCCACUGAUGCCCGUUCAAUGUCAUUUGUCGGGACUCAUGAAUACCUCGCCCCUGAAAUCAUCAGAGGCGAUGGUCACGGGAGCGCUGUAGACUGGUGGACCUUAGGAAUCUUUCUAUACGAACUCGCAUUUGGGAAGACCCCUUUCAAGGGUUCAGGCAACCGAGCAACACUGUUCAACGUAGUCGGACAACCUCUUCGGUUUCCAGAGAGUCCUGUAGUGAGUUUCGCGGUGAAAGAUUUGAUUCGGGGUUUGCUGGUGAAAGAGCCACAGAAUCGGUUAGGGGUUAAACGAGGAGCAACGGAGAUUAAGCAGCAUCCGUUCUUCGAGGGAGUGAACUGGGCGUUGAUUCGGUGCGCGAGUCCUCCUGAAGUUCCUAAGCCUGUGGUGAUUGAGAAGGCCAGUGGAAGCAAGGCAAAAGCUGCAGCUGCUGAUGCACAGGAACUGCAGAAGGGUUCUGAUAAUUAUUUGGAGUUUGAUUUCUUUUAACUGGAUAGUUUUGAACUGAAAUCCUAAAUGUAGAGGGUUAUGGGGGGUUUAUGUUUUAUUUUUUAAGUUUAUUUUUAUGUUUAUUAUUGGUUAUUGUUCAGGGACUGGCCUUUGAUUUUUGCUGCAUAAGAUUGUUUUCAAUGUGGUUGGGCUGUUGCUGCUUC